AUGGAAGAAAUGAAGAAGACUGCCAUCCGCCUGCCUCGGGGUAGGCAGAGGCCUAUAAAGACUGAAUGGAAUUCCCGGUGUGUCCUUUUCACCUAUUUCCAAGGGGACAUUAGCAGCGUAGUUGAUGAGCACUUCUCCAGGGCUCUGAGCAGCAUCAAGAACCCCCAGGCAUUGAGCCCCUCGAGGCAGAGUGAAGAUGUGAUCCUAAAGAAUGAUAGUGACAUGCCUCCAAAUCAGUGGCGUUUUUCUUCUCCACGGACAAAGCCACAGCCAGAAGUAUCUCUUGCAAACCGUGCCUCCAACUGCCGUCUGAAUAUGUCUGGUCCCGUGUCUGGGGACCAGUUCCCACAGUCCUUGAGUGGGGGCCCCUCCUCUCAGCCUGGGGGGCUGUGGCAUUUCUCCUCCCUAGCCAGCCCCAGCUCCCCGGAGCCUGGCUACUCUCAGGCCUUCCCGGCUGGGCAGCUGGUUCCAGAGCUCCAGCCUGCUGGGACAUGUGAGCCCCUCCUAAGUCUCCUCCCACAAGACAGAUGCCCAGCCCAUCCUCAAGAAUCUGCCACGAGGGAGGAUUGCAACCCUGUCCAGAUAGCCGGAAGCACGGGAUUACUGCUCAACCUGCCUCCCAGCUCAGUCCACUAUAAGAAAAUAUAUCUCUCCCCCAAUCGUGGACGUGCCAGUAACAGCCUUGCAAAGGAAGAAAUAGACACUGGUUGUGCAUUGCUUUAA